AUGUCAGGCUUGACAACCUCAGUUUCCUCCUUUCAGCGCUCUAAUGAAGCAUUGGGCGACUCAAACGAGCCUCCAGGACAGUCCACCAACCCGCAUGGAGCGAUUCCAGAGCAACUGGGCUCCACGGUGGGGACAGCAGCCAGAAGCUUAGAGAGUCCUGGUUACGAUAUCGAUGACUAUUUGCAUGAGAUCAAGGCCGAGGAGUGCAGCUCGCCUCCAAACAGCGUUGCUGCAACAUACGUCUCUUUUGGGAACGAUGGAACAACAGCUACUGUCACUGCUAUGGGGCAGCUCAUGCAGAUGACCAGUUUUCUGGGGAAAGGUCGAUCUGGAUUCUUCUGUGUGGAUGGGCCACAUACGCCAGAACCAAGCUACGUGAUGAAGAGGGCGCAAAAGCUCAUGGAGCUGAGCAACCAAAAAGGUCCGAUCGGUCUCGAACUUGACCCAGGAGAGUACGCAUCUGAGAACAUGCGCAGCCUGUGUGCGAAGAAGCCUGAUCUGGAAUUCAUUCGCGAUCGCUGGCCACUGUUCACCUCCCAGAACGAGCGUUUGCGAAGUACGAGGCAGUACUUUGUCCACGAUAGCACUGUUUGGGACGUUUGGACUUUUGCAACAAAGUAUGAGUGCCAGCCGGUCCCGGAGAUCAAGAGCAUGCGUUUCAAUGCGAAGCUGCUGAUCAGAGAACUGGACUUUGUUGAUUCCGGCCACAGCUUCAAUGCAGAAACAGCCUACAAAGCUUGCGGACCCCAUGGAAAAGCUUGCAACAGUAUCGUCUUGAGACAUGACGGCAUGAACUUCAAAAAUAUCAAUAGCGUCAUCAGUUUGGUGGUUUCAUUCUUUGUCGAUGGUGAGCCUCAAGAGAUUAAAAAAGAAGGCAACGCAAUCUUCAGCAUCAGGGGUCAGGAGGGAUCUCCCGGUAGCCGGACAUUGACAUUCGCCACCGCCUACAAACUUCACUCAUCUUCGAGCUUUAACAUCCGAGAUACUCCGACCCCUUUUCAUUGCAGAUUUCAGGAUACCUUGAAGGACCCUUAUGCUGUACUUUCAUUCUCUUCGGAUCCGCACUUGGACUUCGUUAUUCGGAGAACCCUGGAGCACAUCCUCUCUGUUUGCAGCAUCCCUGUGCUCUCACACAACGGUGGGACUGGGAAGAUGGUUGCGUUGACCUGCGGGGACAAGUCAGGCCACCGGCUUGUGAACAAAGCUAGUUUCUUUGCAUUCCAAUUCCUUCUACUGGUGUACCGGUUCCUUGGAGAGACCAACAAUGAAGGACAUGCGGAGUUCCGGGACUACCUAAAAGGCAGGAUCGAGAGGACGUGUCGAGCGCAUCUAGAGUGGCUAUUCUCUAAUUUGGCCGAGAAAGCGGACCACCGCUUUAUAACAAAUUACUGGGCUACCGGAAAGGGAAUCAAACGCCGCGGAACACAGCAGAAUCAGAAUGCCCAGCGCAAUGAGAGUACCGACUCAUACAGGACUCUCGGUGACGAGUCAUUGGCCAAUACUCCUCUCCAGAUCAUCAAGUUGGCGGACUUCAUCGACACCAUCAAAAGCGAUGACCAAUGGCUCCGAGAGAGUUUCGGAGCUUUGAAAGCUGUUGUGCACUCCUGGAUCGAGUCGUUGAAGAAAGGAGACAAACGCGGGUUCACUGCGUUCCCACGACCAGAGGCCAAUGAAUACCGCCUUCGAGACCACGUGUGGAUAUGGAGAGCGUUGAAAGCUCUUGAGAAACUCGGAUAUGGCUAUCUUCUAAGAAUCCACGAAGUGGAUUUUCAGCCGCACCGGGAAGGGACCAAGGCGCAAACAAUGCAGCCUGACUCGCAAGAUAGGUCUUGUCCAACCAGGGAUUAUUCCCCCGCAGCGGUCCAGAAUAAAGUUCUGCAACGGUUCACCACCGAAAAUCCUUCGUCGAAGCAACGCAUGAUAGCUGUGGCACGCACAUCUGCAUCGACAAGAUUCAUGAUCCAUUCGCGAGAUUCUGCGUUGUUUUUGAACGAUGGCUUUUUCUCUAAAGCACGUUCACUUUGGAACAUGACAUUGAGCGCGCAGCAGUUUCACCAAGAAAACGAGGAUUCCUUCUGGAGCAACCCUUUGCAAUAUGCAAUCGGACUUCUAGUGGCAGAAAAAGGCUUUCAAAUCAACUCCAAAUCUCCAAACGAAAUGUUCGACGAGUCGUCGCGAGUACUGCGAGACUGUAUAUCGAAGAAUGGCCUGUUUACUGGGAAGAUAAACGAUGUCACAAAAGAGCCAGAGCUGUUUCUGGAUGAAACCUGGAGAGACUUUUACUGGCACGUCGGCUUUGAAGUUCCUUUCAUUCUUUUGAAUCUUCACCGGUCGAGCAACUUCUCCUUUGAGCCUAGAACGUGGGACCAAAUGAAGCAGCCAACGAACGCCGACAAGCCCCUAAUUCAGCUGGGGUAUGACGGAGCCACUGGCCAAUAUCGUGAUUCUAUUCUGGACAAGGGAAAACCCGACAUGAAAAGGUUCUUGCCAUUCAACACUCUCAUCGAUCAGAGCAGCAUCACGGAGAUCGCUGAUGAGUGGCUCUAUCCCUACCCUGACUUCCUCGAUUUCAACCCGAAAAUUAAACACAGGUUUGCGGAGCCGGAGACCUUGGGCAAGUGCGGGCUUGAAACGGGAGAGUUCAUCACGAAAGCGAUAGAAUCGUUCAAAAGAAGAAGGCAGUUGAGGGACUCCAAAGAUUUGAGAGGAAUCAUUGUCGACAUUCCGAAGGCUGUACGCUCUUGGAUCUAUGUCUACUCAAAGAGCACCUAG